CAAUUCCCAAGAAUAAUUCCCGUUAUAUUUCGGAUCCCCCACCUUACCUUCUAAAAACUCUACUUCCCUCUGUCAUCUAGUGAUUCUGGCCCAUCUCAUCUAAAUUUGUUUCGAGCUCGUUUUCCUUGUGUAUGGUUUCAUACACUUUGUGAUGUCUGCUACUCUCCAGUACCAGCCUUUGCAAGACCUUAGGCGGUAUGUAUCUUUGCUGGAUAUGCACCCAGUAGAUCCAGAAACUGAGACAGAUAUUUCAUUGCAAGCCAUGGUACCCGGUCAACUAUAUGGACGCUGGGAUAAGAGUGAAACGUUUCGGCUACCUCGUUCAUUAUGGAGUCCUCUCAGUAAGGCCGUGGGUGGUGCAUGCCGUUCAGUAGCGUCUUCGAAAGAAGUAGACCCCAAAGACUCAAUAUCCCACUCGAAAGAAACUGUUCCGGACCCAACAAGAGUGCCCAUCCCCAUCAGUGAUGUCUCUGGAACUGGCGUCCCACGCAGCAUCCUGCCACAUCCAGGGCUCAGAGGCAUUCGGGAGGAAACUAUAAUUUCUCCAGGUAGCGUAGCAGAAGCAGUAUCUUCGGCUUAUCAAUACCAAGCCAGGUUGGUUUCUGCUGACUCGUUCCCAUUACUGAAGAAGACCGCUUCUAUCCGUUCCGCUCUCGGGAACGGACCGGAGUUGGGCUCACGAAGGGGGGCGCAGUAUGGCUCGGCCUCAGAUCAUUUCAUGUCCCCAAAGCUACCUAUCGGGUCGCCGUUAACCCCCCCAAAGGGACAGCAGGUGGGCCUUAUACAGCAAUACAUACCAACCAGACAAUACACUUCCCGCACUUGGAAUUCCUUGGCGCCUACGAAGCAGCAUGAUAGGAUUGAUCUAGACCCUCUGUACCAUUUCACUAUCAGCAAGUGCUUUGAAUGUUUUCAAGCCUCGCCGUCAAAACUCAGGGACAACUUCACCGCCGGAAACAGUAGUACUGCCACUUCGUCGCCGGGACUCCUAGCCAAUAUGCCAUGGGUAUUUACUAUGUUCGGCAGAGCCUCGGCUUUUCACACGUCUUCCCCAUUGAAGACCGAGACUUCGGCUCCUAUAGGUGGUCCUGGUAUUGAGGCUCUCAUCCACCCACGCCACCUUGCCUAUUUCCAUCAGUUCUUAACGAAGUCUGUGCUAAAGGGUAUUGAAGGCUUACCUGAGGCCAAGGGGACUGCAUGCGAGAUUGUAAAAGAUGGCGUCGCAUUGGAAGAAGAUAACGACGGCGAGCAUAAAAUCGCGGACCUUGAGCCAAAUGUUGAACUUGACAUGCAUAAUCGACCUAUUUCCGCUCAUUGUCGAAGGGGAUCAACUGUUGCUACACGCAUGAUGGAAGAGUCAGACACCGCCGAAUUGAUUGAGGUGUUGGCCUCGACUUUUCAUGAGAAUGAUAAUCGUGUAACUGAACUUGGCCAAGAUACUGAGGAGUGUGAAGUCGCUGAGACGGCACCAUCAGGCCAUCGCAGGACCAAUUCACUCCGAUAUGCUGUUCGCCAGAGGGCUUCAUUGUUCAAGCCAACCUCAGUAAAAAGUGAUUUCACAUUCGUCACUGAAGUAACUGCCAGCCCACCAGUGAAGCGCAAGCAGGAUGAUAAUACUGAAAAGGCAUCACGCAAACGGACCAGAGAUAACUCAGUAGAAUACAGCAUCGCUAGCCCUAGGAACUCUAUCGCAUCAAGACUCAGCAUCCUCAUCGACAACGCGGAACAAAGGCAGGCUAAAUUGAACUCUCCGGGACGGGAAUUGAUUCUAUCUCCUAUCAAUACGCAAUGUGUUCAAGUCACCGAACAUCUAAUCACCGAACCAUUCUUGUCAAACUCAAUCCCGGAUUCCCCAGUUACGCCUACAUCUUUUACUGAAUCUACCGCUCGAUCGUCUACACAUUCAGUGAGCUCUGCCGGUACAAGUCUCACGGUCCCAUACUCCCAUGCUUCGCCAUCGGCGUCCAGCGCACUACUCACUAAAAAGGCUUGGGAAGAGGAACAACUACGGGGUCGCCAGUCAGCAAGGGGCCAGAACGAGAGCAGGUUUCCUUGCGCCCCCGGCUCCGGCUUGGGACGGAGUCGCUCCACCGGUGGCAUCGAUUCAGAACGCCCAACCGAAUACUCCGUUGAGCUAACCCGCCGAAGGAGCCUGAGCACGAAUUCAAUGUUGGAGAAGUACGCACCAAUGUUCCAACAACCCACCGUCACCUCUGCUCCCGAGUCGCAGAACCUCGAAAUUGGAGAAACUCCCAGUUCCUCAGGAUCGUCUAGCUUCGUCGAGCCAACAGAACUCGAAGAUUCGCUCAUUUCUUCUCCACCAACACAACCUCAAGCCACUCUUUUGGUCCCGGAGAUCAAGCCAGAAGAUACAAAGAAGGACGCGGCGCAAAAGAAGGGCCCUAGAAGAAUCUCUUACCUCGGCCAACUAAAAUCGCACAAAUCCUUCACUGCGAAAGUGACGGAGCCAUCGACCACUGUAGUGGUAUCCGAAACAGAAGACGGCGCUAACAAGAAGAAGAAAUUCCAAAAAUUGAAAAACAGAGUUAAGGGAAUUACCAGAAAGGUCAGCGGCGUGAUGAAGGGAGAAAAGUACUGAGGGGAAGCAAAAAGGUUUUAUCUCGAUAUGCAUUUUUUGGAGUUUUAUUUUUUUAUUUUUUUGCCAUUCCACAACAGGUAGAUCAAAAAAUCGCUUAAAGGAGUUCAUUCCUUUCUCUCCUCAUCAUCAUUUUCAUAUUUCGGCGUUUUUUCCUUUAUUUUUCUCUCCUAUGAUACUUUUCCAAUCAUUGGCGGUUGUACAUUUGCAUACGAUAUUGGGACGGCGUUUUCACUUGUUUAUUUACUCCUCUCUUUCCAUUCUUUCCAUUCCCUCUAUCUCACCAUUUUCCUAUCCGACAGGAUAGGGGAGGGCUGGACAAGGCAAAGAGGAGAGGAGGGAGAAAAAGAAAAGAAAAA